AUGGAACUGCUGACUUCACAAAUCUUCCCACACUUUGAGGGGCUGGGGUCCCAGCUGCUGGCCACUGGCCCCAUUAACCCCUGGUUACCUCCACCUGGCCCAGAGCACUUGCCCCUGGGGAGGGAGAUUGCUGUGGCCCGGGAGGACCCUGGCCCUCACCCGCCGCGUCUGCCCCCCAGGCACAGGCUGUCGGUGGGCUCAGGCCCAGAGCCCAGAGUAACCAGCACAAUAGCGUCCAACAGCUGGAACGCCAGCAGCAGCCCCGGGGAGGCCCGGGAGGAUGGGCCCGAGGGCCUGGACAAGGGGCUGGACAACGAUGCCGAGGGAGUGUGGAGCCCGGACAUCGAGCAGAGCUUCCAGGAGGCGCUGGCCAUCUACCCACCCUGCGGCCGCCGCAAGAUCAUCCUGUCAGACGAGGGCAAGAUGUACGGCCGGAAUGAGCUGAUCGCACGCUACAUUAAACUGCGGACGGGCAAGACGCGGACGAGAAAGCAGGUGUCCAGCCACAUACAGGUUCUAGCUCGGAAGAAGGUGCGGGAGUACCAGGUUGGCAUCAAGGCCAUGAACCUGGACCAAGUCUCCAAGGACAAAGCCCUCCAGAGCAUGGCGUCCAUGUCCUCUGCCCAGAUUGUCUCCGCCAGCGUCCUACAGAACAAGUUCAGCCCACCCUCCCCUCUGCCCCAGGCCGUCUUCUCCACUUCCUCACGGUUCUGGAGCAGCCCCCCUCUCCUGGGACAGCAGCCUGGACCCUCUCAGGACAUCAAGCCCUUUGCACAGCCAGCCUACCCCAUCCAGCCGCCCUUGCCACCACCGCUCAACAGUUACGAGCCCCUGGCCCCGCUCCCCCCAGCCGCCGCCUCUGUGCCCGUGUGGCAGGACCGCACCAUCGCCUCCUCCCGGCUGCGGCUCCUCGAGUAUUCCGCCUUCAUGGAGGUGCAGCGAGACCCUGACACGUACAGCAAACACCUGUUUGUGCACAUCGGCCAGACGAACCCCGCCUUCUCGGACCCGCCCCUGGAGGCAGUUGAUGUGCGUCAGAUCUACGACAAGUUCCCGGAGAAAAAGGGUGGACUGAAGGAGCUCUAUGAGAAGGGCCCCCCUAAUGCCUUCUUCCUUGUCAAGUUCUGGGCCGACCUCAACAGCAACAUCCAGGAGGGCCCGGGAGCCUUCUAUGGGGUUAGCUCCCAGUACAGCUCGGCCGACAGCAUGACCAUCAGCGUCUCCACCAAGGUGUGCUCCUUUGGCAAGCAGGUGGUGGAGAAGGUAGAGACAGAGUAUGCUCGCUAUGAAAACGGCCACUACUCCUACCGCAUCCACCGGUCCCCACUCUGUGAGUACAUGAUCAACUUCAUCCACAAGCUGAAGCACCUGCCCGAGAAGUACAUGAUGAACAGCGUCCUGGAGAACUUCACCAUCCUGCAGGUGGUCACGAGCCGAGACUCCCAGGAGACCCUCCUCGUCAUUGCUUUUGUCUUCGAAGUCUCCACCAGUGAGCAUGGGGCCCAGCACCACGUCUACAAGCUCGUCAAAGACUAGGGUGCCCUCUGCCCCACCACCAGGAUCCAGGAGGAGCAUCUUUCUCACACACCUGCCUGGCACCCCUGGGGGCCAGGAUUGAGGAUUCAUCUGCCUGCCAGGCCUCAGGCCCAGGACCCAGGAGGCCUCCCCACCUACCCCCAGCACACACACCCUGCCACUGUUCUGCGCUUUAAUUGUGGGAGAAGAGGGGGGGGCUCAGCGGUGGGGCAGCCUGGCUGGGUCGCUGAGCCACCAUCACCUGGUUCUGCCCAACCUCAACUGAAUGGGAAUACACCUCUGGGCUCCGGUGUGUGUGGCCACUGGCCCUUCGGGAGUGUGACAGGCAAGUAAGGGAAGACUGGAGGGGAGGCCGAGUGUAGAGGCAGGAAGGAAUGUGGAGCUGGAGUUGGGCUGAGAGGAGAGGGGCCCGCACUGUCUGCACCUGCUGUGUGCCAGGCCCCCGUGUGCCUUGUGCCAUCCUGUGACCCUGCGAGGCAAGCGUGGGUCUCGGUGUCUCAGACGAGGAACCUGUGGGCAGGGGGCAGAGUUGGAGCUCUCCCCCAGGGCCCAGGUUUACACUACCUCCCUGCCUCAGGCCGGCCCCAGCGGGUGGGGAGAGGCUCUACACUGAGGCACUGGGGCCAGCUGGGGUGGGGCCCCCUGACGGGGGAAGCAGCUGCUUCUGACCAGGCAGGGAAGGGGAGCAGCAGGUACUCGACGCUUGUUGAGCACCCUCUGUCAGCCCACGAUCUCGCCGGGGCCUUGGGAGCCUCCUGCUCCACCUCCCCAGCUGCCCUGGCCCAGGUCCUUUGCCAAGUCCCCCAGCGGCCUCCUGGUGGGGGAAGCCCCCCAGCCUCCGGGGGCAGGCCCAGGCUCAGAAAUAGGCUGGAGGGUCAGGUAGGAAGGUGGAGUCCCAGCCUCUGGCAGACCUGUGGCCCUGGGACAAGGGGCAGCAAAGCCUCUGAUCUUUUCUCUGGCCUAAGACUGUGGUUUGGUGAGCCCUCCGCGGGUGCCACGACCUUGUGUCCCUCCCCUCGCCAGUCUCCCUGCGGGAGCAGCAGCUCCCCAGACCCCGUUCUGGGACUGAAGGUUAACCCUGCCUGCUGCCCCUUCCCGCCACCCAGGCCCCGCCGCUCGGCCUCCAGCCUCCGGGUAUUUAUGAGUUUCAUAUGAAGUACUGUGCCCUUCCCUUCCUUACCUCCCCCUGCCCCGCCCCUGAGCUUCCUGAAGGUCCUCACAGUUUGCAUAUUGCUCAGGCCACCUCCAUACCCAACCUAGGUUUUAUAAUGUAUAUUAUAUAUUUUUUGUGUAUUUUUUAAAUCCAGCUGUGAUGGGUUAUAUCAUAAAUGUGGCACAGGGCUGGGGCAGGCGCCCUCAAGACCUGCUCAAAAAAGAAAUUAAAAUUAUUUGUUUGUGGGUUAGUCAUGUGACCAGUCUUGUGCCAGGCCUCUGGGUUGGAACAGCUUCAGGCGGGCUCUCCUAGGUUAGGUCCUGGUGUGUCACCUCCCUCUCCCAUCUUUGCUGGGGGACCCUAAGCUCUACCUACAGUCAAAAUAGGUAUGAUGCUGGGGUCCCAUGAAAGCUUCCAGCUCCGACGGUUCUCCACACCCCUCCUGCCAUUAGUUGCGCACUGAACUGAGCCCAGCGCCGAGCCCUGCCCUGAGUUUUCCUGUUGUUCUCUCACUCUCUCUUUUUACAGAAAAGCCAUUUAUUUUGUCUUAUGAUCUAAAAUUCAAACUAAGGACUACCUUUGGCGUUU